CCUAGAGCCCUAGGACCACGAGCACCGGCUCUCCCAGUGCAUCCCCUGGGGACCACUCCCUCCUCGGGGCUCUUUGCCUGGCCCCUUGCUCUCCGCCAGCCCGCUGCGGGCAAGCUCCCCGGGGAGGAAGCGGAGGCAGGGGACUGGGAGUGAGUCACGCCGGGGAGAAGCGGGGAAACUCCAGCUGCUCGGCCGGGUCCAGCGCGAGUGGCAGGGCGCAUGUGCGCUCGCUCCCUGCCUCCCUUCUCCUCCCUCCCCGCUCUCUCUCCCUGCAGGCUGGGUGCUGAAGUUGGGCGGAUGGCAGCAAACCAGCUCCGCUAGGGACCAGCUGCACGAGCCCUUCCCCGGGAUCGCUCAGUGCCAAGCACACGCAGCCAGGCGGGGGUGGCCGCUUGGGUACUGAAGUAGCUGAAAUGAGAAAAAGGCAGCAGUCACAAAAUGAAGGAACAUCUGCCGUGUCUCAAGCACCUGGAAACCAAAGGCCCAACAACACAUGUUGCUUUUGCUGGUGCUGUUGUUGCAGCUGCUCAUGCCUCACUGUUAGGAAUGAAGAUAGAGCGGACAAUGCAGGACGGCCAACACAUACAACCAAAAUGGAGAGUAUCCAAGUCAUAGAGGAAUGCCAAAACCCUACUGCAGAUGAAAUUAUGUCUUGGGCUCAGAAUUUUGACAAGAUGAUGAAAACACCAGCUGGUAGGAACCUUUUCAGAGAGUUUCUUCGAACAGAGUACAGCGAAGAGAACCUGCUUUUCUGGCUUGCGUGUGAAGACCUAAAGAAGGAACAGAACAAGAAAGUUAUUGAAGAAAAGGCGAGGCUUAUAUAUGAAGAUUAUAUUUCUAUACUUUCACCAAAAGAGGUUAGUCUUGAUUCUCGGGUGCGAGAAGUGAUCAACAGAAACUUGUUGGAUCCCAGUCCACACAUGUAUGAAGAUGCUCAACUUCAGAUAUACACCUUAAUGCACAGAGACUCUUUCCCAAGGUUUUUGAACUCUCAGAUGUACAAGUCUCUCAUCGAAAGUACUGUAGGCUCUACUUCUGAAGCUUAGUUCUAAUUUUUGGAUGAAAUAAUUUGGGUUUUUUUGUGGUGGGUGGGAGGGAAUAAAAGUAGUUUAAUAACAUCUGGCGCUGAGUUCCUGGAGAACUACAGUUUAGCACUACUCAGGCUACUGUGAAGAAAACAAAUACAUAUUGUGGUCUCUGUCUACAUUUUUACCAAGGUCCUCCUUGCUUGAGUUUGCGGGGGAGGGGAACGAUGGAUUUGCCAAAAAUACGUUUGUUUCACACUCCUUUCACUUAACUGCAGUCAAGAUUGCAAUGAUGUAUUUGUAGUUUUAUGAACAGUCUCCUUGUGUAUCCUCACACUGCAUGUGCAAGAUAAAAUUGCUUCACAUACCAAUUAUUUGUUGCAAUAUUUAAUUCAAUAACAUAAAUUAUAUCUGUAUUUAAGAACUUUUUUGUGCAAUACAGUCUUAUGGUACAUAGAAAUAAUUGCAGCAAACCAGGAAGGGGCUUGCAUUUUUUUUUUUAACAUCACUAACACAGAAAAAAGCCAAUUUUUCACAUGUAGCAUUAUUCAACAUGCUCUACUGAGUACAAUACACUGACUUUUUGAAGCCAACAUUUCUGUAUAGGAAAAAGAGCUAUUUAUCACUGUUUAUUUAAAACAAAUCAAAGUGGGGAUUCCUCUGGUUGUUCACUGCCAAAACUGGCAUUUUCAUUAGCGUCUGCAAUGUCGAAAAAAAAGAAAGCACAAACCACUUAAAGGGAUCCAUGUCUGGGUGACACGAUUUAUGCGCUGAUAUUGUUUAAUUGUUAUAAGAACAAAGUUUUUCAAUGUACACUUCAGAUGUCAGAUACUGUAAUUGAUUUAUUAAAGACUGGCGAUCCAGUUCUAACACUGUUGUCUAAUGUUAUGUACUUCAGCAAAAAAAAAAAAGUUUAUAAUUUAGUUUUUGAAUAAAGAAGUUUAAUAAAAGAUUGCCUACAUGUAGCAUUUUAGAGCAUUUUAGAACAUUUUGAGGAAUUGCAUCUGUCCUGUAAGAUAUUUUUCUUUUAAAGAGAAAUCCAGUGAAAAGAUGUUGUUUUUUUUAAAAGUAGUAUUUUACAAAGGGGGAGAGGGGCUAAGGAAGACUUAUCUCCGCUUGUAGUCUCUUUGAUUUUGAAAAACUCCUUGAAAACAAGGGGUUGUGGAGAUUAAUGUUGAAGGGCUUGUGAUCUUACACUCCUUACCCAGGCAAAACUGUUGAAGUUAACAGGUGUCUUUCCUGGGUAAAGAAUUCUGAAUAUUAAGGGCCCAGUACAAUCAGAACUAAGAAGGCAGCACAGUGCUCAAAUCACCUUGCUGCCAGGCUAUUUUUUGCAGAUAUCUGGCUUGGCCUUUUUUAAAAAAAUUGUCCUAUUUUGAUAUGCACUUUGAUGUUUAAAGAUACCAUAACUUGUAACUUACAAAACACCAUCUUCAUACUUACAGCACACUAAACUAUAUUCUGAGUGCUAGCAUCCCCUGCAAACUAUCCUGAAAGACAAAUGAUAGAAUGGCUUUGAAUAGAAGUUUAAAAUGCCCUUAUUACUGGGAACAUCGUCCUUAUACUAAGGCUUAGAGAGAGGCAAGAGUCUUCUCCCUUACAUGCAUAUAAAUAUGGAGUAACUCCAUUAACUUUGGAGUUGACAGAUUAUACCGUUUUGUAAUGGAGCAGAAUCUGGCCCUGAAAUGUUGAGCCCUUCCUCUCAGUCUGUAAAUUACUUCUGAUGGGCCGACCUCUGUACAGAGCCCUAUUGAAGUCAAUGGGACUCAUACAGGCACAGGGAUCUGCCUGCAUGGAAUAACUUGCAGGAUUUGGAGAUGUUUAUUUUCUGGGGGUUACUUUUUUCCCUUUUUUUACUACCUCUCUCUCACACUUAUUAAUUAUUAUUAUUAUUAUUUUAUUUAUAGAAUAUGUUUCAAAUAGCCAGUUUGGGGAAUUUUUUAAAUUAUCAUUUUUACUUGAAAUCUGUGUGUUUUUUUCUGGAUGAAUAUGAACAAUUUGAAGAAUUGUUUCUUAAACUCAUUUGGUUUUGUAACUUAUAUAGAAUUCAGGAUAUUAUUAAAAGGGCUAUUCUUUAUUCCCUAUGCAAAUAUUUUAAAUGUUGUAGUGUAUGACAAAAUGGGAUUUUAAACAAAUUCUGCAAGGCAGAAAACAAAAUUCUGUUUACAGUGGCGUUGCUGACUAUCCUACUAUAUUCAGCACUUUUAAAUAUUGUUGUUUAUGAAAAUGUAGUUUAAAAUGCAAGACAUAAUAUUUAUAAACAUUUCUUUUAAUAAAUACCUGUUUUGUCUGAAAGUGUUGUUGUGUUAUGACAUACUUUAUUCAUGUUGGUUAGCUAUUUACCAUUAUGAAUAAAAUAUUCAAUUAUAUUGAUAUAGUAAUAGCUAUGAUGUUUACAAAAAACUUUUCUUCCUGAAGGGGAGGAUGGAAUUCAACAAGGAAGAAUUGCCUCCUUCUACUGUGAAAUACAAUUUUAAAAAUGAAUUUAAGAUACUUUUUCUUAAUUAGAAUUAAAUUUGGUCCUACAUAUCUAUUGUGCCAUUUAGUUAGAAUGAUAUUUACUAUGGUACUAUACAUAUAUAGCAUCAUAUAUAUAUUUAUAUGGUAUGAUUUUAGGUUUGCUAGUGUUUGAGGCACAAUGCAUUUUGGUGCAAACAACUAGACAAUGUGUAACAAGACAAUACUGCAUGUAUAAGCCUUUAAAAAUGUAGACUUGAAUAUUCUUGACGUUACCAUUUCAUGGUGACCUGCUAGCCAUAAGCUAUCUUUAUAAGAUACUUUAGACAAGUAGAUGUUCUUGUCAAAACAGACAGUUCAUCCUUUAGGACACUUCUCACUAAAGAUAAAGGCCCUAAAAUACAUGUUGAUUUCUAGCAUAGGCAUUCCAGAAAUCUGUAUCUGGAAACUGUUACAUCAUUUUAAGAAAUAUUACAUAGGUCUUCAGUGUAAUAUUGCAAUGAGAUUAUGUUCUAAAUCCCCUAUUUUCAGGGAUUUAUAAACUGACCAUAAUUUAUGACAUAGAAACUUUCUUCCAAGGAGUAAAUAUUAAUAUAAUUACUGUUAAUAUAAACUUCAAUAAUUGGGGUUUUCAAAAUUAUAUGAAUAAUCAACUACAGUCCAUGUCAACUUAUUGGAUAUCUCAAACUGUUUAAAUUUCUGAAAUUGAUAUUGACAACAAAUUAGGUCAUAACACAAUCUCAUUGCUUUUGGUACAGUAUUUUGAAAAAAAUGUAAACAGAUGCUAUUAUACUUGAAAACUGAUUUACUUGCACAUAUAAUGUACAAUACAAUUUUUAAACUGCCCAAUCUGCUUACUCUAUAGACUGGAAUAACAAAUAUGUAUAUACCUUGCCACUUCUGGUCUCAUGAAAAACUGAAAUACAAGUACAAAAUAUAAACAUAAGCUUUAAAAAAGAAAAAAAGAAGCUUAAAUGCAGAUACAUCAUAGGGCCUAAUCCUGCAGACACCUUUGCAUGGCCCUGAAUAAGCAAAGCAUUUAGGCAUAUGCCUAAAUCCCAUUGGCUUCAAAGAAACUAAACAUGGGCUUUGCUGAAUUGGGGAACACGUGAAUAACUUAGGGUUGCCCAAAUAGUCUUAUUGAAGCCAAUAAAUGGUUCUGUUUAAAUUACUCACAUGCGUAAGUGGUUUGUCCUCUAAGUCAACAGUAUGCAGGAAGCUACCCCCAUUUUUCAGGUUAAAUAAUUAUGGUCCAAGUUCUGACUUGGAGCCAUCUUUGCUCCCCCUGGCACAGGAUGUCUACACAGAUAGCACCUACCUGUGAAGGUAGGUGCAAUGGAGGGGGAUGCUCUCCCUGGGAAAGCAAGUGGAUAGAAUUGCUGCCAUACAUCAGGCUGUGGGGCCAUAGAGGGGAAAGCAGCUUCAAAUUACAGUAAGAUCUUCCUAUAAGGCUUGUUUUGCAGAGGCUGACUAGGACAUGUGUUCAAUGAGCCCACUGAAACUGUUAGACUAUUUUCUUCAAUGGCCUUUGAAUCAGAAUCCAUGUCCCACAAGGAGUAAGGCCUUCAGUUAUCAAUGGCUGUAGUAACCCUUCUUGCAGAGUUAACACAGCCAAGGACUCACAGCGGGCAUCCUGCUGAUGGAACCUGGCGACUGAGUGGAUUUAGACUUUACAUACUUGAAUAACCAAAAUGUCAGUUUCAACUUGCUUGUUCCUCUCUGGCUACCAACCCCAAAAUAAGGCUCCCUUCAAAUGCAAGUUGCUACUGUUCUGCAGAUUCUCUGCAGACAAAACAUUUGAUGUGGGGCUUAUGAGACCCGUGUUUUUAAUAUAUAUGCCCACUGACAUAUAUAUUAAAUAUAAUAUAUAUGCCCAAGUAUGCUAGCUUGGAGAUGCUUGGAGUCAGAAAUUGACCCUACUUAUCCCAUAAACUAAGAUAUCAAUACAAAAACUUUCCCUGCAAUUUAAAAUUGUGAUACAAGCCAGAUAAUUCAACUGCUGACAGUAAGUCAUUAAUUCAUGCUGGCUUUUUUCCCUCACAAGCUUUAAUUUACACUAUAUCAUCAUGUAUUCUAAAUUUCCUGGCUUUUGACUAUUUGUCACAAAGCGUGUUUAAUUAUACAUAGUAGUUAUGAAUUUCAUAAAUUCUAACAUUCAUAGGAACUCUACUAUUUGGUCCUGUGAAAUCCAUAAAACUUCAUCAUUUUUCAUUUCUCCCUUUGACAGAGAUGCUUACUGUAUUAAAUUAUCCAUCAUACUUAAGUGAACUCCACUGACAGAUACCAGUGGAUCACAAAGAAGCUUUGCAUGCAUGAAUAAGGUUUCAGAGGCAGUGCUUUAGGCUAUUUCUUAAUGCCAGACUAACUUCAAAGACAGUACAUUCACUACAUAUCCUCUAAGUCUAAUUUUCUUCUUUUAAAAAUAUUGCUGUUACAAUGUAUUUUGUCAAUCCAAUUGUACACAGCAACAGACUUGCUGAAAAUGGUUUUCUAAACAUUGCAGAAUUACCAUUUUUAAUCAGCCCUUCAUUUUAAUAUCCAAAACCAUCUUCUCAUGUUGAAUGUAUUUCCUGUGGAUUUCCAAAAUGGAUCUGGAUUACAAGUUUUCAUUUCUGACUGUUUUGGCAACUUUACAUGCAUAUGCAUUACAUUAACUUUUUUUUAAAAAAAUAAAUCUUUUGAAAUGACAACUCACUAAUGUAAGCUUGGGAGAAGUUACUGUUACUCUACUGGUGUAUGUUAAUUUAGUUGUAAAGUAUGCUUAUUUACUUCUGUUAAUUUAAGAUGUGAACAUGAAAGGAAGAACAGAAUACUUCAAUUUGAUUCCUUCCAAUGGCUGUACUAUAAGUUUAUUGCUUAAUACAAUUUUACGGAUAAUUUCACCUUUUUACAACAUAAUAAAGUAUAUUCUUUAAACUA